GUGGAGGAGCUGGUUUCGGGCGUACGGCAGGCAACUGACUUCGCCGAGCAGUUCCGCUCCUACUCGGAGAGCGAGAAGCAAUGGAAGGCCCGUAUGGAAUUCAUCGUGCGCCACCUGCCCGACUACCGCGACCCGCCUGACGGCGGCGGCCGCCUGGACCAGCUGCUGUCCCUCUCCAUGGUCUGGGCCAACCACCUCUUCCUGGGUUGCAGUUACAACAAAGACCUUUUAGAUAAGGUGAUGGAAAUGGCUGAUGGGAUUGAAGUGGAAGACCUGCCACAGUUUACUACCAGAAGUGAAUUAAUGAAAAAGCAUUAAAGCUAAGGCAGAAGACUCAUCCCAUUUUCAUUAUCACCUACAAGCUGAAUUGGAGGCUGGGAAGAAUGGGACUCUGGCCACAGAAGCUCUCCUAAGACUCUGGGUGUUGCCAAACAUGUCGGAAAGAGGCAGUUGGAAUGAAAGUAGCAUUUUAAAAGGUCUUAUUCUUCCAGUAGCGAUCAUUGUAAAAGUAUGCAUGGAUAUUUAUGUAUUUAUAAAUCAUGACCUUUAUUUUGUUUUUGAAUAUCAAACUUUUUGUUAAAAAUGCUUAUUUUUUUUACGUUGAUGUAAUAAUGGCAGGUAAUGGAUUUUAUGCUUCGGAUUUCUCAACAAGGUACCUUUAAGUGUGA